AUACACAACUUGUUGGAUAGCCAAACGGUCCGGUAUUGCCCGGGUGUCGACCUGUGCCCGUAUGAAUCCAAGUGAUUGCUAUGUCAAAGUUCACGGCAGAUGGCGUCGAAAGAAAAUUAUCAGCCCAAAACAAGGCCUCAGCUUCCAUUGUUCAGGUCUAGAUCUUCUUCAACCAGUAUGUUCUUUACGCGGACUGUUCCGUUAAACCGUGCUGGUGCAGUGGAUGAAGAUGUGUUCCGGUCAUCUUUUAUUCCUUCUACCACAGUUGCACUGUCUUCACCUAGGGAACUGUUUGACGUCAUGGGUAGAAUAAAGGACAACCUAUCCGCUAAUCCAGAGGAGUGGGAGAAACGUGUUGAUGCGUUGAGAACAUUACGUGCUGUGGUAGCUAAUGGUGGUUUGCGAUUCGAGGAGUUUGUGCCGUCAUUAAAGUCCCUGGAGCAGCCUAUUGAUUGUUGUCUACGUGACUUACGUUCGUCAGUUGUUCGUGAAACGUGCAUCACUGUGGCUUACUUGUCUCAAGAGCUUCGUUGCCGCUUUGAUCGUUUCGCUGAAUCCGUGCUGAUAGAUCUCAUCGCACUGAUGUCGAAUAGCGCCAAAGUGAUGGCUAGUAGUGGGGUAGUUGCCAUCCGUUUCAUACUAGAGAACACACACUCGUCAAGGCUAUUACCCUUGAUAACUGGAUCGCUUUCGUCCAAAUCAAAUAUCACGCGCAAGCAUAUUUGCGAAUUCCUUGAGAUCAUCUUCCGUGAGUGGCCUGCAAAUAUAUUAGAGAAGCACUUGGGAACACUACGUGAUUCUUUGAGACGUGGUAUCUACGACGCUGAUCAGGAGGCUCGGCUUUUCUCCCGUCGUGCCUUCCCUCUGUUUGCGGCCAAAUUUCCUGAUCAAGCCAAUUCUCUCCUGCAAUCCAUCGACGCACAGAAGCGUAAACUAAUUGAAGGGGACCUGAUCAGUUCUGGGCUCCCUGGAGCCGUGGCAAGUGGUGAUGGAGGGACUGUCCGAAGUCGGUCGAACAGCCAAUCUUCCGGACAGAGUCGAUCCACUGGCAAUGCAGUCACUCGGAGGCCGACGAGACCCAUUCUCGGCGCCACUGCCAUCGGUGCAAAUGGGACUCGCGGUCGACCACCCGUGACAACUAUGAACGACUACAAUACCGUGGGCCGCUAUGUGCGACAAGGCUCGGUAGCCACGACAAUGUCGGAUAAGAGUCGCGUAUCCCCUCGCAAAAGUGUCUCGCAGUCCCAACCAGCCAUACACAAGUCAUGCAUUGGGCCUUACUCUUCCACGACUAUGGUUGAGAAUCAGUGCAUGGUUGUUGAUUUCUUGGUCGCCACUGGGCUGCGCAUUGUCCCCGAUUUGAGACAACCUUGCUGGACAUCCUCAUGUAUAUCCAACUCCGAGGAUUUCGUCAGGUCUGCUUUGGAAGUCCCUUCAUCUUAUUGUCCCUCACCAAAUACUAUCUCUGCCACAAGUCGGGAAGUCUCGCCAUCUAGAUUUCCUCACACCUCGUAUGGUGUGAGCAUCGAUCGACCACUCUAUAAUCCCGCUGGGUACGCUGGUGGAGCCGUAAGACAGGAUCAACAGUCAGCCAUGUCUACUUCGAACAGGAUCCCUCGUAGCCAAGGCACUAGCCGGGAGCCGUCUCCGGCGAGGUCGAUUACCGGUGCUUUUCCCGUACAGAAUCACUCCACCUCUGAUCAGCGAUUUGGCGGGCGCGGACCGAACUUCUCUAGUGUUCGUAAUCGAGGACGACCGUCCUUCAGUACGAUGAGCGAUUGCGGUGAUUCUGCUGAUCCGUUUUUGAACAACGGCCGUCACACCUUCGAGUCGGAUGAUAACUUCAGUGAGACGUCUUCACAAUGUUCUGACAGGUCUGGUCGUUCCGUCCCGGCAUUUUAUCGGCAACAUCCAGCCCGUGUAACCGAUAAUCUGAAAGAGAUCAUCACUCAGCUUUCCAGCAGUCAAUGGUCCGAUCGAAAGGAUGGGCUAGUCAAUCUUCAGAGUUACAUGCGCUGCGGCAGUUCUUUCAGCCCGGAUGACAUUCGUCGUUUGACAGAGAUUUUCGCAAAAAUGUUCGCCGAUUCCCAGAGUAAAGUGGUCAGCCUUUUCAUGGACGUUUUACAGUUCUUCAUCAAAGAAUACAGUCCCGCAUUGCGUGAUUGGCUGUACACCCUUCUUAUACGACUCUUGAAUCGCCAAGGAACAGAAGUUCUGGGCAGUCAUCAGAAGGCUAUUCAAGAGACCUUGUUCGUUCUACGAUCUCACUUCCCUCUGCAUUUGCAAUUUGUCACUUGCUGCCGUUUUAUCAUGGACAAUUCUCAAGCUCCAAAUAUGAAAGUAAAAGUGUGUCUGCUGGAGUAUUUAAAGGAUCUCAUUUUGAUGAUGAGUCCAGAUAUGGUGUCUUCUCUCACCCCGGAAACAUGUUCGGCGAUAUCACGCAUCAUCACGUGGUCUGCCGAGCCAAAGUCAGCAGACGUGAGACGGAUGGCCUCUCGAGUGAUUAUCAAGCUGUACGAUUUGAAUUCAACUAGUUUCGCUACCACGCUUCAGAGUAUGCCGCGUGCCAUCCAGGAUCGGGCAUCUGAAGUACUGCGAACGUAUCAAAAAACAACCACGGCCAGUGGUAUCCCCAGUGCAAUAGAUGCGUCCCAUAAUCUCCAAUCAUGGAAAACCACGUCCAUAAACCAGGAUGGCUCAGCAUCCCACGGUCAAAAUUCGCCCGGAUACGUAAGUCCAGAAACCAUGAACAAUAUGAUUCGUCAGGCUACCGAAGGUCUCCGGACGUUAACUACCGGCGCUCAGCCGUAUGCUCCGACCUCUUAUCGGAGAUCUUCGUCGGGACCAGUGACAAAGCCUCUCAAUGGUUCACGAUUGGGGUCGGGCGCUGCAACUUCCAUAAAUGCUAAUGGAUUGGAUAGCGUCUCCGACGAAACUCAUGGAACUGUGCAAUCGAGUGGCAUAAUGAAAUCCACCUUGUUUCAACCGUGUUCACCUAUUGUCGCUUCGCCUGUGCAGAAUACUUACUUGUCUCCUCUGAUGCCUUCCAGCAGCAGUCCCGAUCACAACGCCCGUCCAGACAAACCGAUUGGAAUAUCCGGCAUCGAUCAAGGAGAUGAGAAUCUACUCUUGGUCUCAUCACUCACCGUAGGCCCGAAACUUAGAAAGCCUGUGAUUGGCUACCAAACCCUUAGAAAAAUCCGUGAGAUGCCUCCAGAAGAUAUCAUGGCUGAAAUAUUACAAGAACUAUCUAACCAUAAUGAGAGACACGAGCAGCGCAAGGCGUGCAUGUUGAAGCUAAUCAAGUUACUUCGCGAUGGUACCGUUUGCAACUUUGAUGAAUACUUCAAGCCUACUUUGCUCAUUUUGUUAGAAACUCUCGGAGAUGAUGGAUAUGAAACACGUACUCUAGCUUUGAAAGUGCUGCAAGAAUUGGUUCGUACAAAAGCUGAUCUCUUCCACGCGUUCGUUCAUCUCUUUAUCAUGAAGAUACUGGAUGCUUGUCGAGACGAAGAAAAGUCGGUUGUGCGCUCAGCCGAGGAGUGUGCAAAGACGGUGGCCCAAUGUCUCCCUCCCGAUCUUUGCUUCAGCGUUCUCACCCCAUUAAUCGAUGAGCAGCAAUUGCAAAUCAACCUGCCCGCCGUAAAAAUGCAGGAACAUGUUGUGCGAAAUUCCUCACCAGAUUUGAUAUUCAAUGUUCUUAACGCCAUCAUCCCCGGGUUGAUAUCAGGUUGCAAUCAUGAGGAUAGUGCCAUGCGAAAGGCCAGCAUUUUCUGUCUAGUUGCUAUCGCGUUGAAAAUAGGAGACCGUAUCUGGGAGUAUUUGUCGGAGUUGCACAUUAGCAAGCGGCGAUUGUUGAAGUUGUACAUUGAUCGAGCGCUGAGCAGUAGCACGAUGUCGAACGAGUCGCUGGGCACCCGAGGCUGAAUUUCUGGUGGAGACUCCCUCUUUCCAGUUUUAGUCUUCUUCACGAGUUUGGUCCGCAACUACCAUUCACCCUCUCAACUGACGUCAGUUUUGUGUCCAUAUCGAUCCGUUGGAGUCAUUGCCGUUACACUUCCCCUUGGACGAUCUUUAUCUCAUGCAAUGAAGCCAACACCUGACUCCCCGUCUCUGCCCGGCGUUCUGUCCUGCUAACGAUUUUUAUUCGUUCAUUUUAUCUCCCCCCCCUCCCAACGCUAUCCACUGUAAAUGCCUUUUCUGUGGAUUUAGUUGCUCUCUCUUGAUUUCAACUGACAUUGAACUUUCACCCACAGGACGCCUAUUUGUGAUACCAUUUGGCUUUCGCGUGUCCUUGUUUUUACAUCCUCUUUUGGCAACAUGUCUCGAGAUCGAAUCACAAAAUGUCUGUUCCUUUCUUGCACUUCAGUUACUUUCCCUGAGCUGAAGGAAUCCCCCUAUUCAAAAUCUGACAAGAACCGGGGGCAGUCCUAUUUUUCCACCUUUUAGAUCAUCCGGUUUCCGCUGGGCAUCGGUCUUCAUUCAUUUGUCAUCGAAUUCGCUUUUAUUUCUCUGGCCUAGUGAGAAGGGUUAUCUUGUUCCGCCACUUCCUUCGAACUGUUAGCCACGUCCUAACUUCGUCUGUACUCUGACCUUCGAUGAGGAUUUUUCGACCUCCUCGCCAUCCUUUCGGCAUAUCUUCAAGCAGCCCAUCUUUCUACCUACUAGUGACCAUGUUCACGUUGUGCGGUUGUACAGAAAACCAAUAAGCUUUUUAUUCUGUUUAAUCUCCUCCUCUUUCGGUACCAUAUGUUAACCCCCCCCCCAUCCUCUUCUCCGUUACAAACUUUUCGCUGACCACCUAACGAUUGUUUUGCAGCUAUUUCAUUUCGUCUUUUGCCAUCUGAUUCACCGACUGCUUGGUUUGUUUGUAUUCUGCUGACUUUUGUGUCUACCUAGUCGAUGCACAUCCACUGUCUUGUUUCUCAGAUACCUCACUGCUUACCGGAGACAAUUUGCACCCAAGGUGGAGCACCUGUGUCACCAUAGUAGACAUUAACAUUAAAGUGCGUGAUGGCUAAGGGGUUUGUAAUCUAGAGUCCAUUGUUCAUCCACCUCGUUUUCUUGGCAACAGCUGCGCAUCUCUUUCACUAGUAAACUUACGAUAUUUCGACGUGCUUACUCUCCUGGUCCAAGAGUUAUCAAUGUCACUUUACCAUCGAAAUCGUUUGUAAACACAGUAGGAUAUAUUU